UGAACAUUAACCCGCCAGCAGCUGGCCUCCAGCCUCUGCCACCCACACAGCACCAUGGCCACCGCUAACGACAGAGCCGUCCUGCAGACCAUUUUCAACCCCAGCACUCCGUUUGGGGACAUCCCUGGACUGGAUGAGGAGGAGGAGGACGUCCAGGAGGAAGAGGAGACUUCUGCGCCCGAGCUGCUGGAGCAGGUCCGGGACCUGGAGCUGCAGGGGGUUUCUGCCGCUGAAUCUGGAGACGUGAGCACCGCCCUGGAACGCUUCAACGAGGCCAUCCGCCUGCUCCCCGAGCGCGCCUCGGGAUACAACAACCGUGCCCAGGCCCUGCGCCUCAAGGGGGACGUGGCAGGUGCCCUGCGGGACUUGGACACCGCCAUCCGCCUGGCCAGGGGCUGCGGCCGCGCCGCCUGCCAGAGCUUCGUGCAGCGGGGGCUGAUCCGCCGGCUGCAGGCCCGCGAUGAGGACGCCCGGCGCGACUUCCAGCGUGCGGCCCGCCUGGGCAGCGCGUUCGCCCGGCAGCAGCUGGUGCUGCUCAACCCCUACUCGGCCCUCUGCAACCAGAUGCUCUGUGAGAUGCUGGGGCGGCUGCGCAACCCCAACAGCGCCGGCAGCGACUGAGGCUGCAG